UUUAAAGCCUUCGGAACUCCCUUCGCUGCCAGAGCUAUGUCGCAGCUUUCUGAUGCUGAGACCAUCCCCGGGGAAGUGAGGUCAGAGAUUCAGGAGUCUCAAAGUGCAACUCAGGCGCGAUCCUGCGGCUGCUGCUGCUGCUGCUGCGGCUGCUGCUGCUGAUGAUGAUGAUGAGGAUGAGGAUGAAGAUGAGGAUGAUGCAUCAGGUGGAGGAUUCCCAAGUGCACCGAGCACUUUGGAUGCGACCAGAGACCACCGCGAUCGCCGCCCCCACCAACGAGCUGGCGCCAGUGGCACGACCUCCAACCUCGGCACAAGCAGCCUCCGGGUGUUGUGAGCUUGUGCCGGCGUCGCAAGAGGCUUCGCAGCGCCUGGCACGGCCAAGGACAUACCAGCGCUACCGGCCUCACAUGCGUCUUCUUCCAGAGCAAACCCUCCCUUGGCCCCGACACGUCGGUGGAUCGGGAGGGGGGCGACUGCCUUUUACGCCAGUGGAGGAUCCAACUGAAGGAGUGUCAUACAUGAUGUGCAGCUUUUGCAAGUGUGAUCGCACUUUUCGCGUCUUGCAGAACUUCCUUCGGCAUAUGGAGAGUGGGGAAUGUCCCAUCGGUCAGCGAGAGCUCCUGAAGCUUCGAGGGGCUGAAGCACCACCUCUGGCGGCACCGGCCACGCCUGCGCCUGGACUGACACCUGCGCCACGCACGCCAGCGCCGACGGCAGAGAGAGCAGAGGCGGAAGUGAAGGAAGUCGAGGUCAAGGAAGCGCCUCAAAUCGCGACCAGCUUUCAAAAGAGGAGAGGUUUGCUGUCGGAACUGCGGCUGCUACAGCCACGGAAGUAUGCGGAGAUGGCGGCUGAUGCCUGUGGAUUGUUGAAUCGCAGCGUGCAGGAGCUCAGCACCUUAGUGCAGCGAGCUCGGCAGUGCCCCGAGAGCAGUGCAUCCACCACAGCCGAUCCGCCAGCUCCGCAUGGCGGAGGAUCCACUGCGGCCCGAUCCGCGAAGGAGGCGGAGCGGACUCCGGUGGAGGAGCUCAUUGACAGGUUGAAGUGGCACGGCUUUGAGUUCCAUCCCCUCUUCAGCUUCGAGGACUGCCGCAGCGAGUUUCUUCUCCGCGACGCCAAGCAGCUGCCCUGCCUGGCGCCCGACCGCCGUACGAAGCGCCCGGUCGUGGACACCGAUGUGACCGCGAAGCGGGCGAAGGAGGACAGCGAAGCGCGGCUAGGGAGUCAACUCGUAGCGUUGGACGUGGUUUGAUCCGUCGGACGGUGUCCGUCGGAUCAGAUGCGCCGGCGCCUGGCCGCCCUUUGCGGUCUCCAUCUCAGCCAAUGAUAUUGAGCUGUUCAGACUCAGG